UACACGCAUGCGUUGUUGUCAAGAUAUACAAUAAUGGCGGUCCAUGUGCAGUAUUGUUUACAAAAAUGACAUCUUUGGUGUGUUUUGACGAAAUGUGAAACAUGUAAAAACUGGAUUUAAUGGAAAUUAUGGAUAAGUUUGGCUGUAUAUAAAACUCGUCGAAAUGGCGAUGGAAAAGCAAUAUGUCAUACGUGAAACCCACACAAGGGCCAUCACAGCCUUAGGAUACAACCCAGCUCGGCGGGAGAUUCUAAUGGGAUGUGAAGAUGGAGUGAUCAAGGUAUGGGAGUCUGAGAGUGGGAAGUUGUUGUUGACAUCAACAGAACACCGGGGAUGGGUCACAGACUUCCUCUACUGGGCCAGGGCCAAGCUCAUGCUGUCAGCUGCUAAUGAUGGGUUUAUUGUUGCAUGGGGAUCCGGUGGUGCGCUAUUCGACAGAAUUCAGAUUGGUAUGCCUGUGUAUUGCAUGGCUCUCAAUCCCAGGCGCCAUCAGCUGGUUUGUGGGAUGAAUGGCGGCAUCAGAGUGUACAGCCUUGAUGAAAACAAAGAGUGUGGGCAUGUAGUCAACAACCGGGUGCUGUAUGUGGCCAGAGAACACACAGAUAUAGUCAGGAACAUUGUGUGUUACGAGUCAAGGAUAUACUCAGCUGGAUAUGACCAGAAACUUGUGAUUUAUGACUCGUCCUACACAGGAGACAACAGUCUGGAGGCCGUCUUCAUCAACCCACAGGCUCAUGAUGCUGGGAUAUCCUGCCUCCUGCUGGCUAGAGACAACGAGAACAACACAUGGAUCUUGACCGGGUCAUUUGACAAGAGUGUGAAGAUCUGGUCAGCUGAUGGCAAGCUGGUACACAAGCUGGACAACUUCACGUCCACCGUGACUGGCAUCUGCUACGUGCCUCGCAACAAGACUGUGUGGGCUGCAGGGGGGAUGUCAUAUGCCAGCCUCUUCGACCCCAAGUCAGGGGAUAAUGUGUCAGACUUCAUCGGAACAUUCCAGAACCAGGAGGAGGAGAAGUACCAGCUGCAUCUGCUGCGGUUCUUCCCGGAACUCAACCAGGUUGUGGCAUCCACCAGUAGGCGCCACCUGGUGGUGUGGAAGUAUCACUCCUCCGGCUGCAUCACAGCUCUGAAGUGCAAGUCUCCACUGGAGAGUCUUUGUUAUACUCGGAAAGUACCGAUCCUCAUCUUCUCCGGGGACAACGAAGGUGUAAUAAUCAAGUGGGAGAGGAUGCAGUCCAACCAUUUCAUGUAUAGUAAGGAACUGUUCCUGUUGAGUGACUCAAAGCUGAAGAAGAAGCGCCGUGCAGGAAGUAAGGCCCGGGAGCUGAUGAUCGAGCAGCAGAUGCUGUCACAGAUUCUACCUCCAUCAAGUCGAGCCGAAACUGCCAGCUCACAGAAAUCCAGCAACAAGAACGUCACCAGUCACUAUGCCUUCAAUAAACCCAUGAUACCACCUGUAUCAACCCACAACCACCCAAAUACAACGAUACUCAAGAUAGUGUUUGUGGAGAGUUUGGACUUCAUCCUGGCAGCAUCUGAGGACAGCAAUAUCUAUGUCUGGGGGUUUGACGAGGCUGCAGUCGAGGUGCUGCGGAACAUGAAGCCCCAGGAUCUGGAGGCUCUCAUCAACAAGUACGCUGUACUGUUGGACUCUGCCUCAGAGCUGCUGCCCAGAAACACUUCCCAGCAGAGGGAGAGUGACUCUGUGACAAACCGUGUGGCGGGGUUUGUGUGCAAGUUUGUGUUCUCGGAACACAUGAGUUGUGUCACCAGCCUGGUGGCCGUGGGUCGGGAGCACGGACAGGACAGCACAUAUGUUCUGAGUGGUGGCUGGGAUCGGAGGAUCUGCAUCUGGGAUCUGGAGAAGGGACAACUCCAUGACAACUUUCGGGCAGCAAACUCUGCCCGUGGUCAGGACAACAUGGAGUUGGCAUGUGACGGUGUCAUCCUGUGUAUGGAUUAUUCCCCCAGCAAGAAUGAAUUUGCUUAUGCCUCAAGUGACAAGAUGGUUUAUAUUCGCAAAUUCUCAACAGAUGGUUCUAAAAUGACCUUGGUGAACACAUUACAAGGCCAUGAUGGGGAGAUAACCUGUGUUCAGUGGAACCCAAUUACCAGCAAGUGGGUCACUGGUUCUGAGGAUGGUACAGUGAGAAUCUGGUCUGGCAAUGGAAUGAAUGAGUGUGAGACCAUCUUGUCAGUGCAAGGCGGGGUGGCCUGUCUGUGUAUGGACAAGGUUCAUGGUGCCAUUGUAGCGGGCAUCCAGAACACUAUCAGGGUGUAUGAAGCUGAGUUUUAUCGCCUUGUUCAGAGUAACCUGGGCCACACAGACUCUGUGCGGAGUAUUAUACACAUCCCGGAGAGGAAUCAGUAUGUGUCAUGUUCAUGGGAUAAAACAAUCCGAGUGUGGAAUGCUUGGAGGUUGCCAAGGCGACGAAAACAAACAACUAAAAUGUCAGAGAAGCGCAAGAACAGUGAAGAUGGAAAGCUAACAGUUCCUGAUGGGAAGACCAAAGAUGAUGGGAAGGGGGAGAAGUCAGAGGGAAUCUCAGAGGAGGAGGAGGAGGAAGAGGAGGAGGAGGACAUGAAAGAGACAACCCCAUCAACUGGGGAAGACAGACAGGAAGAGGAAUAACUUCGGGGAAAACUGAAACAUUUUAGUCAAUUUUACACCUGACAUUUCCAGGAAAUGUCAUGGUGUUUUUAAUAUUUUGCCAUAUCAUUGUAGAUAUGUGUAUAGAACUGGUUUGUGAUGAUUGUGCUUGCCAAUUAAAUGUUGCCAAAUUUGCUUCCAAUUCAUGUGUUAGUUGUGUCAGUAAUCAUGUCAUUGUAACGAUCAGUCCUUAGAAAGUAAGGCAAUUACAAACGUAUCUACCUUGUCAGUUUCUGGGCAGCAGAUGUUAGAUAUAUUGUACAUAUGUAUAUUUAUUGCCUUGUGCAUGAUCUCCAAAGAAUCUAUGACGUGUAUGUAUCCUCCAAGUAGAACACUGAUAUUACCUGUUAAUGCAUGAUGCCAGUCCCAGCAUUACCUGUGAUACCUGCUGUAGUUUAUACAGCCAGAAAUAAAUAUAUUUCCCCAUCA